AUGUCACGUGCUAAAUCGCGUAUACAAACGGACGUCUGCGGGGACUGUGGCAGCUCGGAUCCCUCCUGGGCGUCGAUCAACCGCGGCAUCCUGCUUUGCGCCGACUGCUGCUCCGUCCAUCGGAGCCUUGGUCGGCACAUCUCUCAGGUGAAGUCGCUACGCCAGGGUACCUGGCAGCCGUCGUUGCUGAACUUCGUAAACCAACUGAACACACACGGUGCCAACAGUCUCUGGGAACAUCUGUUGCUCGGCGCAGCGGCACCGAAAAACCUGAAACGAAAACCGACUCCAAAGGAUGCGGUGCAUCCAACAAAAGCCGAUUUCAUACGGGCCAAGCACGUUCAGCUGGCGUACGUGCUUAAGCCUACAUUUCAGGCCGAGGAUGGGAGCAGCUUGGAGCUCGAGCUGAGCAAACAGCUUCACGCUAGCGUACGAGCUAGUAAUCUGGAAACAUCCCUUCGGUUGCUGGUGCAAGGAGCGGAUCCAAACUUCUACAACGAGGACAAAGGCUCCACGCCUCUUCACGUGGCCGUCAAGUCGGGUCAGCUAUCCCAGAUCGAGCUGCUGCUUGUCUACGGUGCCGAUGUAAAUGCACUCGAUGCCCAGGGACACACUUCGCUAGAGUUAGCCAAGCAAGGGAAGCACACUGUCAUCGCCGAAAGGCUGCUGGAAGUCAUGUACGAGGUGACUGAUCGGUUAACAUUCUUUCUGAUCGGUAAAAAACCAAACCACGCGGCAGGGCAACAUUUGCUCAUUCCUGGUCAGUCGAAGAAAGAGAUGAGUGAACAGCUGAAGAUCGCUCGCGGCAAACUGCAGCUCGUCCCGAACCGAAUGUUCGAGGAGUUGGUAAUGGAUCUGUACGAUGAAGUGGAUCGCCGCGAAACUGAAGCAAUCUGGGCGACAAGUGCUCUCAAUCCAGACUCUGGGGCCGUGCCGUUUCUUCCCGCCAAUCCUCAUCUAAGUGCCACAAGGAACCAGGGACGUCAAAAGCUAGCUCGGUUCAGCCAGCAGGAAUUUGCGGGGCUGCUGAUGGAUGUCCUGCUCGAUGCACACCGUCGUCAAAACAUGGCCAAUCUUCGCCCCAUCGAUGGACCGUUGCCGGCAGGUCUGGCACAGCUUAAGGCGGCCGCUGCGGCUUCUGCAGCUGGGACACGUGACUCCAACAUGUCCGAUGACGAACCCCUGUACGACGCCGUCGCUUCCGAUGAUGACUACGCCGCGCUGGCGCCGGUGGCGCAACAGGCGCUAGUGAACAAAUCAUCCCCAGCAGCCGUCUCCAAUGUGGAGGUAGAAACGUUGCGCCAACGAUUGCAUGACCAAGAGCUAACAAUUCACGAGCUGCGCAGCAUGGUACAGAAGUUGGCCUCGGAAAACGAUCAACUGAAAUCGCACAUCGACACGAAGGAGCACGAGGUUCAGCUGAGGAUCGAUUCACAUCUGAAUGGAUCCGGAGCUAGCGAGGGUUCGCCAGAGCGAGAUGUCGGCGGAAGUCAAGACUCACGGCAAGCGGCUGCGGCAGCGGCGGCGGCCAACGCCAAACGACCCGUCAGUAUGUACGAAGCCCGGCAAACUCCGCGCGACGAAAGCAGAGCUCCUGUUACGCAAAGCCUCUACUCAAUGGCACCAGCUCCCUCGACGGGGCAUCAGCUUCCUUCGAAUGAAGAGGUAAAAUGCCGCACAAACGUCGUUGCUCGGCGCAUCAAGGAAUUGUUUGCAGCCAUGCAGGAGCUGUCUCAGCGCGAGGCGUUUAUUCCGUGCGCGGAUCGGAUACGUUUAGCCGUGGUCGACCUGAUGGCGCUAUAUCCUGCCUCACUGAUCGCGAACGAAUGUCUGCGCGGAGCCCUGCAGCAGCUCAAUUUCCACGCCAAUCUCAUGCAGGCGGAAUGCGCCCGAUUACAGCAAUGUCUGGCGGCGGAAAGUGCCGGUCAGCUAGGAAAUGGUACUACUGGAGGCGUCGGUAACGGGUUGUCGGAAGGGGUACAACAGAGUAUGGAGCAGGUGCGGGGCUGUGCGUAUGAGUUGGCGAAAUCGACGAAAAUUCUCAUCACCCACGUAAAGGAGUAGUAAUUGCACUCGUUUGCUCCCGUGCGCUGAAUAUUGCCCAUAUGCAGCUAUAUUCGAUUUCUGAAAGCUUCGAGGCUUGCCACGUCCUAUGCAAACGAUCACCAAAAAGCUCUCGCGUACAUGAAUCGAAACCACAUUUCACAGAUUGCUAGUUUGCAAUAAUUGUCUUUUAACUCCUCCUUACUACAGGCAGCAAUAUAAUGUAAAUCCCCCUUCCCGCCAAAGCACCCCAGUGGAAAUGCCCCUUUUGAAACGCACACCUGGUGCUCGAUCAGAGUCUAUCCGAAACAGUAUUCGUCGUGUUCCCGCCUCUAGAAACUACGCGAAAUAAUACGAGCGCCAGACUGGUUGAGGCUUCUUGCUUCACCGUGCAAGGAGUCUUACUCUUACUCAUGCGCUGGUGUCCACCGGUACACGAUGGCUAUUUCUGCAUACGCCUAUAUUACCUGUUCCAAAAGUGCCAAAAGAACACAUAUAUGUAUAACUAUCAAGUAAUAUUGUUUAAAACCGAUGCGAUACGUAAUGGAGCCUGAUUUCAUCGACAAUAAUUGUACCGUUGAAAAGGAUAUUCGUAUUCACGCGUAGUGUAAUUCGUCGACCAACCGUCGAUAGUUUAAAAGUGCGGACCAUUAUUCAUAUUAUGCUUUUUUUUACAACGAAUCGCUAGACAACAAGGGGGAACCAAUGAGGUACGAUCGACGCCAUCAGUAUGAUGGACAUUGGAGAUUUUAUACUUAUACGAUCAUAUCUAUGCUAUCUAUUAUACACUAAAACCCAUACUGGCAAUAAUUCGUGUGGAGAAACUGCAAAAGUUUCGAUUUCCGGUUUGUUUAUUGAUGAGUAAAACCGAAACGGGACAUAGAAACAAUGAUUAAUACGAGUUUUUAACCGCUUGUUUGCAAACAUAGACACAAAUAUACACAUGAUAAUUAUACGUUUUUCUACAACUCAAAUGCCUUCUAUUGGGAAAUUUAAUGUAGAGAUAUUUAUCAGCUCUUGCAAUUUACACGAGUAAGUAC